AUGAAACAAAGGACGCGUCUAUUUCAAAACGGCGAUGAAAUUGUUAGUGGUAUGAAUAGCACUAUGGACAAUGCUUUAAACUACAAUGGAAAUAUUCAGUUGCAUAGAAUAAAGCCACAAGAUCAUUUCAUUGAAGCACAGGUUCAAGAAGGAGACACUUUGCAAGCCAUUGCCCUUCGAUUCCAUUGUUCUAUAUCAGAAUUAAAAAGAAUUAAUCAUAUACAUAAAGAUAAUGAAAUUUUUGCCAGACAUACAAUCAAGGUACCCGUUACACCAUAUUCUGUUCUUACUGAAAUAGUACCUAACUCAAAAGGUCCAGAAUCAAUUCCUUCAACAUCUAAAAAUGCCCCUACUUUACUUACAAUGGAAAAUUUAUUAGAAAGUCCUUUGCAAAACAGGCUACAACCGAAAGAUACAGACGGAAAAGAUGCUGAUUUUGAAAUAGAUUGUAAUGCUGUUGUAUUAAACAGCACAAUUACACCAUCUGUUGUUCCAUAUACAGAUAUAGAUACAAAUGAAUCGGUUUCUGAAGAUACACAGCUAUUACCAAAUAAAGAGAGAGAAUCUGUGGAGACGGUAGUAGUUAAACAGUUGACAUCACAAGGAGCUGAUUUUGGCUUGAAGUGGUUCCAUCUUUUGUGUUUUAUACUUUUACUAGGAGUAAUUGCACCCAUAGUAUAUGUACUGUUCAUUUUAGGUAAACAUGAACAUUCAGAUAUUCCACCAUUACAUCCAACAUGA